GAGGCGGGAAGGAAAAGGAGGAGGAGGAGGAGGAGAUGGUGGCGGACGGCGCCCGUGCUCUGGCUGUUCCCCUCUCAGGAGGGACCCGGCCGCCAGAGGUGAGACCUGUGGUUAAGACUUCAAACCUCUGUCUAUUUGGAAAUGCUACUCAUUUUAGUAACAAGAAUCUGUACACUGAAAAUGAGGAUAUGGUUAAGCAAAGCACCACAUUCAGUCAUUAUGAGCCACAGGUAAACCGCACUAAGCAAGAAAUGGACACACAGCUCUUCUCUCCUUUGUUUGGAGGAAUAACCAACACACCGCCCACUGUGGAGUCUCCCCAGUUUUACAGCAGCUGGUCAACAUGUGGAGAUGAUGCCAAUGCUAUUGCCUCAUUACAUGGCUGCACCAAAAAAAGAACACAGGUAAAUUUAUCUUAUUCUGGCAAUGGCCCUGAUAUGUUUGGCUUGGUGACAAGCAUCCUAGAGGAGCCAAACAAGCAAGAACCUGUUACAGGCUGGAAUUCUCUAUCAAGAUUAUUUCCACCUGUGUGGUCAUCAGACUUUGAAAAAACUGAAAACUUCUCAGGGCUUUUUCCUACAAAAUGCUUGGAAAAUGAAGAUCCUACAAACUUAGUUGGUACUCAAAGUAUUUAUGAAGAAAACUUGCAAAAGUCAUCAUCUGUAGAAUUACUAAAGAAAGAACUUGAAGAUCUCCAUGUUAUAGGAUCGUGGCUUGUGACUUCUGAUCCUUGCAGUCAGUCACCUGAUGAGAUUUUGAAGAAUGCUGAUUCAGAAAACAAGGCUUUUAAGAGUAAUGGAAUCAAUCACCAAGGUGGACUUGCUUAUCAGAAUGUAUCCAAUUAUAACAAAAAUCAGUUAAACAGUGGCAAUGGGAAGAGCCAUACAGAUUUUAGCAGUUUCUCAUGUCAUACUAGAAUAAAAGAUAGCACAAAUACUGCUAAAGAACUCCAGAAAGCUGACCAUGCAAGAGGCAUGCUUGGGAAAAAUGACACAGAAGGAUCAAGCAAAUAUUUCACUCAAUUGUUUAAUUCUCCCGCUGAUGGAAUAUGGGAUCCAGUGAUCCAGCAAAAUAUAGGAUAUACAGGUUUUACAGCUGCUUAUGACUCUCAACAGUUUACUUGCUCAUCUCCAUACCUUCUCAGUCCACUUAAUAAAGAGAAUAGCUUUCCAGAAGGAAGGAAUGCAAAACUGCAGGAAAGCCACCCACAAAAUAACCACAGUUGCAUCUCUACAGAGGGGAACUUUGGCAAUACUGAAUGUAAGAUGUCCUUACAUCACCAGAAAGCAUCCUGUAGUCACUUGCCUCUUAAACCAGCACUACAGAAUAUGAAUUCAUCUUACAAUGGAUAUACAUGGCUGGAUAGUAAGAUACUAAAUCCAGUGGCUACAUCGUUUGCAACUUAUGGGAAGCAAAAGCAAAUGAGUUCUCAGUUGUCUUCAAGGUGUUCAACUCAGUCUGGUGGCUCCUCCACCAGUCAAUCUAUAGCCCAGCCUUCUUAUUCACAGGUGGCACCAAUGUUGAACUCAAGAAAAGAUGGGAAACACAUCUCUGCUAACAUUCCUAACAGCUCAGGGUUUUCAAACUGCAAUGAAAAUAGGAAGCAACCUAACCCUAUUGGACACACCCAGAAGGAUUCCUUAGCUCCUAGAGAGGGAUACUGUGGUGAAGUAUCCACUAAUGCUUCCUCCAGGUGGCUGUCACAAAAGCAUUCCAUAAAUGAGUCUGCGAAACACUAUAGUUUUCAUAAAAAGCAAAGCCAGUUCAGUACUGAUGAGAGAACUAGGCAGAAUGAGAGAAGACGUGAAAAUAAUUGGAUUCCACACCCAGGCUACGCAAGCCCAAAUCAAACGCAGCCUGAUAUAUUGAGAAGAGCAGAAGAACAGAACGGCAGCAAUUUGUCUGAUUUCAUCAAUCCUUCUUUCCUACCUCUCUUCCCAUUAAUGCCUGGUUAUAAACAUCUGCCUAAUUUUCCUCCAUUUAAUCCUCCCACGUUUUCAUCACCAGCUAAUGUUGCAUUUCCCCCAUUGCCAUUUCCAUUGUCUGAACUUGCUGACCUCCUUCACUAUGAUGACCUACCCUAUUUGAGUCCUUUAUUUAACGAACUCUUCUGCAGAGAUUUGCCUGCACAAUACUUUGCCUUUCCACCACCUCUUAACCACUACAGACCUCCAAAGCAUCGCAGUGGAGCUGCAAACGAACUUCAUAGUCAUCUAGAAGAUUGUUACGAACAGUGGAGAGCACUUGAGAGGGAGCGGAAAAAGGCAGAGGCAGAUCUGGCCAGAAACUUCCCAGGGAAGCGGGUAUCCAGCUCAAAUAGCGCUCCCUUCUCCCAGCUUCCUGACAAGCCUUCCCGAGUGGAUCGCCUGAUUGUGGACCAGUUCCGAGAGCAGGCGAAAGUACACACUUUACUUGGGAAAAUGGAAUGCCUUUGUGGUAAUCCUGUCCAUGGUAACAUAUCUGCCGCUUUGAGAUGUCAUUUGGAAGCCAUCUGUGCUACCCGAGCGAGACGCAAGGAUGAGAUUGUUAAUGCUGCUAAUCAUCAGAGGCAAGGAAUAUCUCGUUACAACAAUGAAAAAGAUGUCCUGGCUCUGGCGGUUGCCAUUAAAGAUUUGGCUUUCUUCACACGAAAAACACGUACAGCUUUAUGGUGUGCUCUUCAGAUGACCCUGUCAAAAACUUCAAUGAACACGCCAGCAAAAAAGGAGGAAGUGGAAAGGGCCUUGCAAGAGCUCUGUCCUGUCACUGGCAGCUUGCAAGUGAAGGCCAUCGUGGAGCAUGAAGACAAAGAAAACAAGAGAGAGAACCACGAACUGCCUCAACAGGUCAUACAGUGAACGCAUCCAAGCAGAUAUUGCAGCAGCGUAGAAAAUACGUCAGGCUGCCAGCAAGUCGAGUGGAUCUGUGCUGCGUUUCCACUGCUGAGAUUCAAUCCUAGAUGACAUGCAUUUCUGUAGUAGUAUUGCAGCAGUCUUAAUAUUGGUGGUAUAUGUCUAGGGUGUAAAAUCGAAAGGGUCAAUUUAAGUGGAGUCAAGCAAUAGUAGUUCAUAUUCUUGGCCACCAAUCCAAAGCUGUAACUCAAGCCAUUAACUAGGAAACUAGCAAGUGGCAAAGCUAAUUGUGAUA